GAAAAAGAAAAACAAAGAUAUAUCUAGCCUUGAAAAUCCAAUUCUUCUCAAUGGAAAGCCAAAUGAAGAAGCAAUGGCUUCAAUUUGCUUGUGUUUUGACAUUUUUCUUGAUUGCCACAUGCACUAUGGCAUAUUCACCUUACAAUUCUUAUGAAUCAUCAGAUUCAACAUACAGUAAAGUACCAACCACAGUAGUCAAAAGUGAAGACUUUAAGGUACCCUCAGAGUCGGAAAAGGAAUAUAAGUCCUCAUUUUUGCCAAAAAAUGAUUACUACAGGAAGCCAUCAAUUUCAGAGGUUAACUAUAAGAAAGUAUCAUCUGUUCCCGAACAUGAAUCAUUCUUGCCAAAGAAUGACUACUACAAGAAGCCAUUAUUUUCGGAAGAUAACUACAAGAAGGAGUCAUAUGUUCCAGAGGUACCCUCGAAGACUAAACCAGAAUAUAAGGAGUCAUUUUUCCCAAAAUUUGACUACUUCAAGAAGCCAUCAUUUUCUGAAGACAACUACAAGAAGACGUCAUAUGUUCCAGAGGUACCCUCCAUGGCUAAACCAGAAUAUAAGGAGUCAUUUUUCCCCAAAUUUGAUUACUUUAAGAAGCCAUCAGUUUCAGAAGGUAACUACAAGAAGACGUCAUAUGUUUCAGAGGUGCCCUCGAUGGCUAAACAAGAAUAUAAGCAAUCAUUUUUUCCAAAAUUUGACUACUUCAAGAAGCCAUUAGCUCCAGAAGAUAAAUACAAGACGGUGCCAUAUGUUCCCGAGGUAUGCACAGAGCCUAAACCGGAAUACAAGGUACCAUCUUUGCCAAAGAAUGACUACUAUAAGAAGCCAACAAUUCUAGAAGAUAACUAUAAAAAGGUGUCAUAUGUUCGCAAGGUGACCUCAGUACCUAAAGUUGAAUACAAGGUGCCCUCUUUGCCAAAGAAUGACUUCUACAAGAAGCUAUUAUCUUCUCCAUCACCACCACCUCCAUAUUAUUAA